ACUAUACUAACAGAUCUUACAGAGAAUCCACAGAAGAAGACGAACACGGAAGCGUCUGAACCUAUUUUUUUACAGUCUAUGGUCUGAACUGUAUAUAUUAUUGUUAUUUGUCUGAUGCGAAAUGUGUACUGAUUGUGUGCAGAAGCAGUAUCCCGACAGGGGUCAUACCUGUCUGGAGAAUGGUUCAUAUCUUAUGAAUUUUCUCGGCUGCGCUAGCUGUCACCGGCGGGACUUUGUGCUGAUCAGCGACAGGACGAUGGUGAAUGAAGAUGAGGAGGAGGUUGUCACUUACCUGCAUAUGUGCAAGAACUGUGAUCAUGUCAUAGCAAGACACGAGUACACCUUCACUGUGGUGGAUGACUAUCAGGAAUACACAAUGUUGUGCAUGUUGUGUGGAAAAGCAGAGGAUUCGAUCAGCGUGCUGCCAGAUGAUCCCAGACAAACAGCACCUCUGUUCUAGAGGAUCUGCACCGACAGAGACAGGGAAUUGUCUUCUUUGUAAAGAGCAUGGUCAUGCAUGAUGGUGGGAGCCAUGACACAUGUCACGUUUUAACAUACGCUUAGCACUGGAGAACGACACACUGUAACUCUGAAUCCAGAAGAAUAUACCGCAGAAUUCAUUGUGCUUUGUUUCUACAUAUUCAGGACAGGCACUAAGGUUUAUAGCACAGCUCUGACUCAUAAAGAUACAUGAAUUUGAGAAUCAUUCACAAAUUUUAAACCUAAUUAGGAAUCACCCAUUGUUUGAUUCUCUCACUCUGUUCAAAAUGUAUGGAAACGCUUUUAUGCCACAGAAUAGAGAAUUCUGAGAAAAAGCAAAUGUCAGAAUAAUGAGAUAUAAACGUUCUUGCAUCUAUGAGUUUACACCUCACAAUUCGGAUUUUUUUCUUUGAAUUCUGAGUUUACAUCUCUGAGUUAUCAAUUCUGUUUUUUGUUUCUGCCAUGGAAUAAAAAAUAAACAAAGUAACUGCAACUUUAUAUCUCACAGUUCAGACGUUUUCCCAAAUUGUGAGAUAAAAAGUUGCAAUUACCUUGUCUGUUUUUAUUUACUGACGGAAACAAACUCCCAUAAAAGUUUUAUUUCCCAUGUUAAAAUGCUUUCUUUUAUCCCAUCAUAUUAUGCGCAAUGUUGCUCUGUUGCCAAUUAUUAGUCUGCAGGGGGAAUAUCUGUUUGAGUGACCAAGAAAGGUUAGGUUUGAGUGGGUUAUCAGUAUGUUAACCACAGACAGGAUUUUUGUUACUAUGCAGUGCUUAGAUAUACAGAUGUCAAGAUUGGAUUGGACAUAUCAAAUAUGGUAAAAUAUGGAAAAAAUGGUGCACACAAGAAAAAAACUGAUUCCUGCUUGUUAUUACUGAUACAUUUAAAGUAGAUAUGAUGUCAUACUGUAUUUCUAGUGUCAAUGCAACAAAAUAUUUUGUAUGCUUUGUCUAAAUAAACUAUGAAACAAUGAA